CAGACUGGAAACUAGUCUCAGGGCAAAUCGGCCUUUGGUGCUUAUGCAAAAAGCAAUGUAUCUUCAAAUGGAAAGGAACAGAAAUUUCAGUACAAUUUAGUCGCAGUUUGGACAGUAAUGCAUUUUUGACAGUGAUAUUGUGCUUUUGUGAAACAAUAGAUACGAUGUCUUACCCGUACGGCAAUCCACAAGGUGGCUAUCAAUACUCAACUUCAUCAGCUCCUGGUGGAGUCAGUAGGCCAGGCUUUUCGCAAGCCUCGGGUCCUCCUCCAAUGUCAAAUGGGCCAGGUAAUCCAGUUCAUGGUAUGCGACACCCAAUUCAAAAGACUGUAGCACAAAAUGGUCAGAUCGGCCACAUGUCAAACCAGCCACAACCUGUCACCCCAGCUUUUACUGGCCCCUUAAGGCCAUCACAGCCAGCACCACAGCCAUUAUCACAGCCUCCAAGACCAAAUCUCCUCAGUCAGCCAUUGCAUAGGCCACCAACAAGUCAGAAUAGUGGCCAGGUUUAUGACAGUGAAUCAGGGGCUUGGGUGGCACAACAGCCAUCAAGCACUAGUUAUCCUGGUACUUAUGGAAUUAGGCAGCCAGGUCCUCCAACAUCAUUAGGGACAGGCCAAGGUUUUCCACCGCCAGGACAAGCUUCUCUACCACCGCCAGGACAAGCUUCUCUACCACCGCCAGGACAAGCUUCUCUACCACCGCCAGGACAAGCUUCUCUACCACCACCAGGACAAGCUUCUCUACCACCACCAGCCCAAGAAACUGUUGAUCAACCUCAAGGUGAUAACCAUAUUCAUCCUGCUGCUGGUGGCCAUAGAAGACAUUAUCCUAAGACGGCAACCCAAACAGGCCAACCACAGCAACCAAUUCCUCCACCUGGACAGUCUUUAUCUAGUGGGCCAAUGCAGAAUCAAUAUGGCAUGCAAUCACCAUCCCUGCAAAGACAGCAGAUGAACGUGGGUGCUCCUAUAGCUGGCUCAAUGGCCAAUACCCCAAAUCAGCAAAUGACACAAGCACCUGGUGCAGCGCCUGUUAUGCCACAGUUAGCCAAUUCUUUUGGAAGACUGACGGUUGAGCAAUCUCAAAUUCACCCAAUCGACCUCAUGGAAAGGAGGGUAAUCGUACCACCUGUUCCCAUUGAGCCUCCACAACCACUUCUCAGUGAGGAUAUGAAAAGAAAAGCGAUUGAUCCAAAGGUCUUUCGCUCAACUAUCAAUGCUGUUCCUGAAUCAUCUUCGCUCUUAAGCAAAAGCCGUUUACCUUUCGGACUUUAUAUCCAACCCUUCAGAGAAAUUUCGAAUAUUCCAGUUAUUACAUCGUCGGUGAUCACUCGCUGCAAGUCUUGCCGGACAUAUAUUAACCCUUUUGUGUCAGUCAUUGAUCAAAGGAGAUGGCAGUGUAAUAUUUGUUUCAGAAUUAAUGACAUUCCAUCGGAUUUGUCAUACGACCCAAUAACAAAAGCAUUCGUUGAUCCACGAAAGCGCCCAGAACUCAAUUACUCCUCUUACGAAUUCAUUGCUCCUUCGGAGUAUAUGCUUCGUCCUCCACAGCCCGCCGUCUUCUUGUUUGUGUUGGAUGUGUCCUUCAAUGCAAUCGGGACAGGAUACCUUUCUCACGCUUGUCGAAUACUCAAAGAGAAUUUGGAUAACAUACCGGGUGAUGCUAGGACGAUGAUUGGCUUCAUAACGUUUAAUAGUUCAAUUCAUUUUUAUAGUUUAAAGGCAGCACAAACGCAACCACAAAUGUUUAUAAUGUCAGAUGUUGAUGAUGUCUUCAUUCCAUCGCCUGAGGGCUUGUUAGUGAAUCUCAAAGAAAACAAAGAGAUGGUGUUCCAAUUCCUGGAAUCGCUGCCACAGUCCUUCGCAGAUACGGGUGAUGUGCAAAGUGCAACUGGAGCUGCUAUGCAAGUUGCGCACAAACUCAUUUCUGCAACGGGUGGUCGAAUCACUGUUUUCCAGACAUGUUUACCCUCAAUCGGACCGGGGAAGUUAGGAAGAAGAGAGCUGGCAAAUAUGUCAGGGAAUGGCAAGGACUCUCAAAAACUGAAUCCCGCAACGGAUUUCUACAAGAAACUUGCAUUAGACUGUGCUGGUGAUCAAGUUGCCAUUGAUCUUUUUGUUCUCACUGGGCAAUACGUCGACUUGGCCUCGUUAUCAUGUGUCUCGAAAUAUUCAAGUGGCUGUGUUUAUUACUUUCCUGAUUUCCAUGCAACAAAGAACCAAGCAGCGAUGGAGAAAUUUGAAAAUGACUAUAGGCAUUACUUGACUCGUCCAAUUGGGUUUGAGGCUGUGAUGCGCACAAGAUGUGCUAAAGGUUUGAAUAUUCACACGUUCCAUGGCAACUUCUUCGUCCGAUCGACUGACCUGCUCUCACUUCCCAAUGUCAACCCAGACCACAGUUUCUCGAUGCAAAUUGAAAUCGAGGACAACUUAGCGGAUCAUAAAUACGCUUGUUUCCAGGCCGCUCUUUUGUACACGACGUCCAGAGGAGAACGAAGGAUUCGAGUUCACACGUUGGCAAUACCAGUAACGAAUAAAUUAAGCGACCUAUAUGCGUAUGCAGACCAGCAAGCCAUUGCGUCUUUGUUGGGCAAAAUGGCUGUAGACAGGUGCCUUUCUUCGUCUCUUGGAGAUGCCAGAGAGGCCAUUAUGAAUGCAUGUCAAGACUGCCUCAGAGUUUAUCGCUCGGAGAUAUCAGGACAGCGUGGAACAACCAAUCUUCUAGCCCCUUCGAGUUUGAGGUUGCUGCCCAUGUACUGCUUGGCUUUACUCAAAUAUGAGGGCCUAAGGCUUGGAAGUGGAGUGACACUGGAUGCGCGACUGAAUUCAUUCCUGCUGCUUAAGACUUUGCCUCUUGAUGACCUGAUCAUUUCUGUAUACCCUAGGAUGUUUUCAUUAACCGAUUUAUUCCUCGAUUCUGAUAGCUCAUCCAAUAAUCCAGCUAUAAUUAACUGUUCUGGAGCGAGAUUAAGCAGACAAGGAAUAUUCCUGAUGGAUUGUGGAAAAGCAAUUUACAUAUUCGUAGGAAAAAAUGCGCAAGUAGAACUUAUUCAGAAUAUUUUCAACUACAACAGUUUUCAGGAUCUCCCAGAGACAAUGGGCAAGGUUCCUGAGCUUGACAACCUUAUGUCAAUCGAAACUCGAAAAUUUGUUCAGAAAAUUAAACAAGAUAGAUGCUAUUAUCCCACUACUAUGAUUUUCAGGGAGGAUAGUCGGUCACGAAUGCUUUUUAUAAACAAUUUAAUCGACGAUCGCUCUGAGUCAACGAUGUCGUACCAAGAAUUCCUUCUUCAUGUGCAGAGACAAAUCAACAACUGAGUUCACCCACCCAGCCAACGUGACCAGUGGUUGGGGAGCAGCAGGUCGUUGCAAAGCUAUGCUUUUAUGAAUUAGGAAUGAGCUUGUCCUGUGCUGAAGCAUCGUUAAAAAAGAGUAUUCUUAUUUGAGACUCUAAAAUCAAUGCCUGCAUCAUGUGGUGGCGCGAAUUGAACAAUCUGAUAUACAAUUACUGAAAAAAUACAAUUUUCGAUAAGUUCUUAACCUGUAGCAAGAGAGGCCGGGUUGAAAGAAUUUUCAAGUUCGACGAAAUCGUCAGUUCAAUUGUUUUGUCUGUUCAACAUUUAACACCAAGCCAGCUUUUCCCAGAAAGGCAACAAGGUAAAAAUUGAAGUUUUAAAUGGUGAGCCAUUCAAACGUACUUGGUGGCAAAAUUACCCCAGUAUUCCAAAGUUUCCCUUUCUAGGCCGGAAUUUAUUUGUUUUAAUGAGAUUUACUGAUCAUCUCGAGAGGAAGAGGUUAUUCAAGGAUAAUUGUCUUGAUUAUGAGGAGCAUCUAUGUUGCUUUUUGUUUACGGGUGACGUUUAGACAGCAUAUUUGUCAUUUAAUUUAUUAGAUUUAAGUUGUGGAUCUAAUAAUUCGCAGAAUAAUUAGCCUUGUUAGUUUUCUUUCGAUUUUAAUCUUUAAAGUGGCGUUUUGUCGGCCUCUCAUCGUUUUAUACACUAAACAGGAAUUGUAGUGUUGAUAAAUUCAAAUCUGCUA